ACUGCUUGGUGUCCAUCCAAGUUCAGCAAGUGUCAUGAAUGUCAGCGGGUGCAGUUACACACUUCCACGUCAGACACCAUUCUGUCAGUCUGCCCCUCUGCUGCCAUCUGUUGCAGAGCAACAGCAUGUAAUGGAAUAAUGGUGGGAAGUUCUGCCAGUAUCUUGGGCCAGCAUAAUAAAACAGGAGGCAUUACUUUUUGAGCAGCCCAAUGAUGUAUAUCCUAUAAUUCAUUUUAUCAGGUUUUUGAGAACAUUACGAAUGAAUCAUUGCCAAGCAUGAGUGAUGAUGUGCCUGAGCACGUGUGAAACAAUGUCAGUGUGUGUGUGCUGAGUAAAUAUCUGAUCUGUGUAGCUGUAAAUAUCCAGCACAGCAGCUGAAUGUCUAAUUAAACUUCUCAGGAGACUGCCAUCAAGUAUAUGACCGAUGGCUGCUUAUUGAGGCAUAUAUUGGCAGACCCCCUUCUCAGCAAGUACAGCAUCAUCAUUUUGGAUGAAGCCCAUGAGCGGAGCCUCAGCACUGAUAUUUUAUUUGGCUUGCUGAAGAAACUAUUUCUAGAGAACAAGCCACCAGGCAGGAAGACAGAAAUGAAAGUAGUGGUGAUGUCAGCCACCCUGGAGGUGGAUAAGCUCUCAGAGUUCUUUGGGCAUUGCUCAGUGCUGCAUAUUCCAGGAAGAAGUUACCCAGUAAAGGAGAUAUUCUGCAACCUACUCAGCCCACGGGACACUGGAAGCUCUGCAUAUGUUACAGAGGCUGUAAAAGUGACAUUGGAUAUCCACUUAAAUGAAGCAGAAGGUGACAUCUUGGUUUUUCUGACAGGUCAAAUUGAGAUAGAAAAAGCCUGUGAUCUCCUUUUCAAGAAAGCAGAAUCUAUUGAUUACCGGUAUGAAGUACAUGAUCAGUCUAUUGAGGGACUGCUUAUCUUACCAUUGUAUGGGUCAAUGUCAACAGAUCAACAGAAGAGAAUAUUUUUGCCAGCUCCCAAAGGAAUCAGAAAGUGUGUGGUAUCUACAAACAUUGCUGCAACAUCUCUGACCAUCGAAGGAGUCAGGUAUGUAGUAGACAGUGGAUUUGUGAAGCAGUUGAAUCAUAACCCCCGAGUUGGCUUGGACAUACUGGAAGUGGUUCCCAUUUCAAAGAGUGAAGCAAUGCAGCGAGCUGGCCGAGCUGGCAGGACAUCAUCUGGAAAGAGCUACCGGCUAUACAGCACAGAAUUCUGGGAGCAGUGUAUGCCUGAUCACACGGUUCCCGAGAUCAAGAGAACCAGCCUGACAUCUGUGAUCCUGACCUUGAAGUGCCUUUCUGUGCAUGAUGUCAUAAGAUUUCCCUAUUUGGACCGUCCUGAAGAAAGGCAUAUUUUAGAAGCUCUCAAACAACUUUACCAGUGUGAUGCUAUCGACAGGAGAGGCCACGUGACGAGACUGGGUGAAUUCCUGGUGCAGUUUCCCCUCCCUCCCAACCUGUCCUGUGCUGUCAUAAAAGCUGCUUCUCUUGAUUGUGAAGAUAUGCUGCUUCCCAUUGCAGCCAUGUUGUCUGUGGAAAAUGUCUUCAUUCGUCCAGGUGAUCCUCAGAAGCAGAAGGAGGCAGAACUUCAACACCAGGAGCUUUCCUCGCAAGUGGGAGGAUGCAAUGACUUUGCAACCCUCUUAAACAUUUUUGAACAGUGCAAAGCAAGCAAGUCUCCUUCAGCAUGGUGCCACAAAUACUGGAUCCAUUGGAGAGCUGUAAAAUCUGCUCUUAGUGUGGAGAAACAACUUCGGGAAAUAACCAGUAAACUGAAACAGCUGCCAGACUUCCCUAAAGAGACUUUUGAAGGCUCUAGAACUGAACUACUAAGGAGAUGUCUGUGUGCAGGAUACUUCAUCAAUGUAGCAAGGAGAUCUGCAGCCAGGACCUUCUGCACAAUGGACGGACAUGGCAGCAUAGUCUAUAUCCAUCCUUCAUCUACAUUAUAUAACCAGGAAACUCGACUUGAGUGGAUUAUCUUCCAUGAUGUCACAGUGACAUCCAAAAUCUAUGUCCGGACAGUGUGUCCUGUUCGCUACGAGUGGGUGAAAGACUUGUUGCCCAGGCUGCAUCAAAUUGAUGCCUAUGAACUGAGCAGUGUGGCACGGGAAGAAGUAACUGAAGAGGAAAUAACCAGGUGGAAACAUAAGGAGGACCUCAGAAGGCAGUGUGAAGGAGCCAAAGACAGCCCUGCCAAGAAGCUGGAGAAAAGGAAUGAUGAUAAAUCGAUUCAGGAUGCCCGAGCUCGCUAUCUUGAGAGAAAGCAGCAAAGAGCACAGGGUUUAAGUGGCCCAUUGAAAGAAGCGAGCUAACGCUUGUGACUGCUCUGCUCCCAGUAUUAGGACAGGCAGUUGUUCUGGCUGUGUUUGCAUAGAGCAAAAUGGCUAUCUGGAAUGAUGGAGAAGUUCUGUGUGGUAAGUUGGACUGCUGAGGUGUGCAGAGAUGAUCAUCUUUCCUGCAUUUUGUAAGGAGAAGUUACCAAGCUGAACUUUGUUGCCAUGUGUCACAGGCAACGAUCUCGUGGCUUCAGAUGUGGAUGAAGACACAAUACCUACUGUGGUGCCAAUUCUGUGGCAUUUAGCUGACUUAGGAAGGGCUCAGUGCCUUUUAAUAAAACUUUCUUAAAGUUGUUUUUGUUUUUUAAAA